UCAUUUACGUACGUUAUGCGUAUACAAAAUACAAACGUAUUUAAAACGUAUAAAUACUUUAAAGAAGGAAAAAGUAAAUAUGAGAGGCUGUGGAGAGUGAGAAAGAAACGGGCGCUUUUAGUAAUAAUCCAGGGACGCUUUUAUCCCUCAUUCAAUGCUUUACCAAACUCCCUAUCCUCAACCUUUUCAAUUUCAUCCUUUGCCUUCUUCUUCCACCUCUCUUCUCCUCCCAACCUCAUUUUACAUCUCUCCUAUCUCUCUUCUUCCUCAGACAUGGAGUGCAUGGAGGCAGCUUUGAAAAGCAAUUUGAGGAAAGAAAUGAUGGUACAGCUCAGUCCAGAAACCUUCAUGGAGGAGUUAAGUGUGCAGAACGGAACCACUUGCGACGACUUUUUCGUCGACGACCUCCUUGACUUCUCGCACGUGGAGGAAGAACCAGAACAGCAGCAGGAACAAGACUUGGUUUGUGUAUCCCUUCAGAAAGAAAACCCAUGCCAAGAGCCCUAUGCUUUCAAACCCGAUUAUUCCUCUCUGCCCACCACCGAGCUUAGCGUUCUGGCGGAUGACGUGGCGGACUUCGAGUGGUUGUCUCAUUUCGUCGAGGAUUCCUUCUCGGAAUUCUCUGCGGCGCUCCCCACCGUAACGGAGGGCAACCCGACCGCGACGGGCCAUGCUGCGAAAGAGCCGAAGCCAGAACCGGAAAACCCGGUUUUCACCUUCAAAACCCCGGUUCAGACCAAGGCGAGAAGCAAGCGAAGCAGGAACGGUGUUCGUGUCUGGCCACUGGGUUCCCCUUCCUUCACCGAAUCCUCCUCGAGCUCCACCACCACCACUUCAUCAUCUUCCUCCUCCUCCCCCUCCAGCCCCUUGCUAAUUUACACCAACUUCUCUCGUAGCCUCGACCACGUUUGCUCCGAGCCCAAACCCAAUAAACCGAAGAAAAAACACUCUUCCGACAGUGCGGGCACCCUGGCGCCGCGACGGUGUAGCCACUGCGGCGUGCAGAAAACCCCUCAGUGGCGAACUGGGCCGCUCGGCCCAAAAACACUCUGUAACGCAUGCGGGGUGCGGUUCAAGUCGGGAAGGCUCUUACCCGAAUAUAGGCCCGCUUGCAGCCCAACAUUCUCCAGCGAAUUGCAUUCAAACCACCAUCGUAAAGUGCUCGAGAUGCGGCAGAAGAAGGAGAUGACGACUGGGAUUGAAAAUGGUUUUACCCCCGCUCCUGUUCCCAAAUUUUGAUUUAACUUUAUUAAUUUUAAAAAAGAAAAAAAAAAAGAGAGAGAGAGAAAAAAGAACUAGGUAGAGAGAGAUUAGAGAAGGUAGGGCAAAGUUUAGUGUAAAUUUUUUUUCCUUGUAUUGAGUGCUGUAGGUGUUAGGCUUUGUAACUGAUUAGGUGACUUUGAUAUUGAAGUUUUAAUUUACUUUUGAUUUGAUUUUAA